GUAGGUUUCCGUGACUACCAUGAGAAGUUGCUGGUCUUAUGGGUUAAGCCACAUUAUGCAUUAGCAUGCAGAGCAACAGGCGGUUGUUGAGGCAGGGCGGGUCUGACGACGCUUCCAGUCUCUUCCAGACGCUCUAUUUUUUUGCUCUCAGCUGAUAAUGACGUAGCGCGUGCAGCUUAGACCAGCACACGAGACAAACAGGGCUGUAACUGUCCACUUGCUUGCCAGAUAGGGGGGCAGUGGAGCAGGGCGCAGAAGUAUAGCGGUACACUGCAGACAUAUCGUGUAGUUAGAAAAUAUUUGUGUCGUGGAGGCGGAGAGGAGGACUAAAGGAGGAGGCUGACUGUGCGGCCGUCACGAAAAGAGGGGGAGCGCAUACCAGAGGCACCGCUACAAUAAUAACUAAUUCAUUGUCGCUCCAAACCGGUGGACAAACGUAGGCCAAAAGACUCACACGGGUGGUGUGGUGAGGAGUGAAAGGAGGCAACAUGGUGGAUUACUAUAACAUCCUGGGAGUGCCCAAAACAGCUUCUCAGGAUGACAUAAAGAAGGCGUACAGGAAACUGGCACUUAAAUGGCAUCCAGACAAAAAUCCAGACAACAAGGAGGCAGCAGAGAAAAAGUUUAAAGAACUGGCCGAGGCCUAUGAAGUCCUAUCUGACAAGAGUAAGCGUGACGAAUACGACAGAUUUGGAAGUGAAAAAAUGCGAUACACAGGUUCCUCCAGCUCAGACUUUUCAUCAGAUUUCCCGGGAUUCACCUUCACAUUCCGCAACCCAGAUGAGGUGUUCAGAGAGUUUUUUGGCAGCCAGGAUCCUUUCAGUAACUUCUUUGAUGAUUUCUCAUCGUUUGGAGGCUCAUCGUCUCGCCUCGGCCCUGGCCGGUUCUUUUCUUUUCCAUCAGCAGGAGCUGAUUUUACCUCCUUCUCCUCUUCCUUUGGUGGUUUGAAUGGGAUGGACAGCCUGGGAGGAGGCAUGGGCAACUUUAAAUCAGUUUCCACCUCCACUCGCAUUAUAAAUGGCAAACGCACCACCACCAAGAAGAUAAAAGAGAACGGACAGGAAAGAACAGAGAUUGAGGAGGAUGGGGUGUUAAAGACUGUCCUAAUUAAUGGUGUGGAGGACGAGAUGGCUCUCGCACUGGAGCUGAGUCGACGAGAGGGACAAACGCCUCAGAAGCCACAUAUCCAAAACAAAUCAUCUGCCGAGUCUGACAGAUCUCGCUCCAGCUCUGAAGCCACACGUCGAUCAUUUAGCUCCGCCCCCUUCUACAACUACGGCGUUGCGGGCAGCAGCGAGGAUGACGAAGACGAUGAGGAACUGCAGAUGGCUUUGGCAUGCAGCCUGUCGGAAAUGGAAGCCCAGCAGAGAGCAGCUGUUACCAACAUCAUAAAAGGUGCUGUGCGUCAGGGCAAAGCCAUGAGUAACAAAACCAUGAGUGACAAAACUGGAGAUAAAGUUUUUAAGACUACAAAUAUUAAUGCGGUUCGCACUGAAAGGGUUGUUAAUGGGGGGAAUGUUGAGGAGAGGAAGUUUAAAAUGGGCUCUGACGGUAGGUGGGAAGAGGUGAAAAAGGAAACCAGGGAAGAGGUGGGAAACGAAACCAGGGAAGAGGUGGGAAAGGAAACCAGGAAACCAGACUUGUCUCCCGAGUCUUCUACAACCGCCACCACUACACCAUUAAGCCAAAGCACUGAAGAAGAGUUUGAACCUGCCAUGAAAAAUAGUGAUGGCAGUACAAAAAAGAAAAAGAAGUGCGGGUGCAUUGUGUGCUAAUGCAGUGUGUGUGUGCCUUAUUUUUUAUACUUACCUCAGUGUUCUGCCUACAGUCAGACUAAUGUGAUGUGGUGUGCAGACUCUUAAUUUGAGGCAGUGCCGUAGCUGAUCACACAGCUUUCAGGCUUCUUAACACCUCCAAAAGAGACUGAGUUUGACAGGGUGCCAACACAGUCCUUUCCAUAUAAUUAGCCAGUACAGCUAAAAGAUAAAACAGAAUGUGAAGCAGUAUAGAGGACUGUAUCUGAACAUACUGUAUAUAAAUUUGCCAAAUAUUUACAUCGACUGAAAAGAGAGGGAUUAACAUGGAGUUCGAUGUGGCCAAGUUGGGACAGAGAGUGGUGUGUGCACGUACAUGUUUUCUGUCUGCGUCUCUGUGUGUUUGGGACAGUGGAGACCGUGCCAUAGAAGUUUCUCAUUCUGACUCUCUGGCAAAGGGAAUGUAUCAGAACUGACUCCGCCCGGUCUGAAACAAUAGAUAGAUCGAAAUCUAAAGCAGGCCGCAGAACCUUCUCUGGUGAUUUUCAUCAUGACAGAAAAACUAGUUUAAUUAAAAAAGACCUCUGUUAAUUGGCCUGCUGAGACACACACACACACACACACACACACACACAC